AUGACCGGAAGCGUCCUCCAACGAGCUGUAAAAGUGAACAGAUUACUGUCUAUCAAAACCGGACCUGGUGCUAUGAUCUUGCCAGCUGAUAUAACGCGCCUGCAUCUUGCCUUUGCUCGUAAUGAUUUUCCCGGCAAUGUAUCACGUCACCACGGAGCGAAGAAAUUCUGGCGCGAGUACUUGCCCAGUCUGAAGUACCACAAUCCAACUGUAUCUAUGACGGUUGAGCGUUCCAGCGAAGCAACGUGUCCGGCAAAGCUGACUAUACAUUAUAAUGCUUCAGCAGCUCCUAAAACACUUCCCGAAACUUCAAGUAAUGAUACUUCGUCAGUACAGACGCCCACAUUUGGCAAUUCUUUUUCAAAUGUAUCGCAAACAAAAGAGAUAAAUAUGAAGUCAAAGUCAAAUAAAGAAAUACUAGAAAGGUUUAUCAAGGUUUCAGAGGCAAAACCUGCUGAAAUUCUCCCAAGUGACAUUCAGUUAAAAGGCUGGAUUGAUAAUAUCCAAGAAAAGUCUAUCAAAGAAGCUAAUAUUAUGAAGCUACAUAACGCAAAAAGAAAGAGACAAGAAGAUAUGAUGGCUGCUGCGCGAGGUAAAACAGCGUGA